AUGAAGGUCUCGGUCGUUGCUCUUUUUUCUGCCGUGGCUGCAGUGUCUUUCGCCGAAGCCGUUCCUGCGUCCCAUGCUCGACGAUCGGACUUUAAGCCCAGAUACUACUUUCCGAGGGCUGUCAAGAGACAAGUCACAUCAUUCGCAAACACCACCACGACCGAUCCUAGCAGUUCGAGCAGUGAAGACUCAGGAGUUGGGAGCCUCCUCUCCACUCUGGGAGAUGUCUUGUCGGGAGUCGCAUCCGCCAUUUCGCCCGACACUGUGACUUCGAUACCCGCAAGCACUGAUGCAUCAGUAACUGAUCAGCCUCUCACUCAAUCUUCACUCGAAACUGGUCCCGUUUUCAUUCCGACGUCUACAGAGACAGCCAUUGCGUCUGCAACUGAUGUGUCCACCGACGGCAGUACCGACACCACACCGACGACCACCGAUCUCCCCAGCACCAUUACCGACGCUGCUACCACUAGUACAACGGAUGGCGAGCUUGGCAUCACGCUUGGUUUGAGUGGUAUUUUAACAAGCGAUACUGCGACAGAGACUACGACUGGGGCCGACACAGCCACUACCGAUGCUGCAUCAUCUGCACUUUCCUCUGCAAGCGAUGCUGCAACCUCGAUCCUGUCAGUAGCGAGCUCUCUACAAUCGGUCGCUGCAACAGCUGCUAGUUCGGACCUGGCGUCGAUCACCUCAGCCUUGUCCUCUGCUGCUUCGGUCGCAUCCUCAAUCGCGUCAGACGUGAGCUCGGCUGAAUCAGCCCUCACUUCCUCAGAUCCUGGAAGUGCGGCCACUACGACUUCCGGUAUCGCGGACGUCACAUCUGACCCCUUUGCCUCCACAAUCACGCCCACAAUCACUCCUACAGACUCGGUCACUCUGCCUACAGACUCGAUCACUACGCCUACAGACCCGGUCACUACGACUGAUAUAACUACGCCACCCCCAGGCACCCCUACUGUGUUACCUACAGAUAGCGAUACAGUGUCUCCGACUGACGUUGGUACUAUCACGCCCACCCCCACGGAUACCAACACUACAACACCCAUUGUUAUCGACACCGUAUCCCCGACCUUACCACCAGUAACCCUCAAUAAUGACACUAUCACUACCCCUCCGAUCACUACUCCGACGGAUUCCACGACCCUCAUUCCAACGGAUACCACAAGCGAUACUGCAGCAGUCACGACAAGUGAGAUUCCGACAGUGACACCUACUGAAACUCCGUCAGUGACGCCACCCAUUGUUGGGAACUUCACCACGCCUCUGAUUACGACGAGUACCAUACCGACUGUGUCUGUACCUGUUAAUACCAUCGAGCCAACUGGAACGGAUUCAGCUACGGCUCUAACACCACAGUCUAGCAUUAUCUCUGCACCGUCGACUAUCUCACCUCCCGAUUCUACGUCAUCAAGCCAGGCCGUGAUCCCAACUACUCUUCCCCGAGUAAUCCAGCCUCAGGGCGGUGUUCCGGACGCGCCAGAUAACUCCACCUUGAUCCAAAUUGGGUUCACCUAUGCUCUGAACUACGCAUUUGUUGUCUCUUCCUCAACCGCGGUCUCACAGAUCUUCGCUUAUCUCCCUGUUGGUAUCUCACAUGGUCUCGGUCUUGACUUGGAUGGAGUCGUCAUCCAAUAUUUGCAACCAUACAACACUUUGGCCACGGUCGACUACAUCACCACUUUGGCCAUGGCUUUCAUUCCCGCAAGCAAAGUUGAUGCACUCUCUUUGGAGCUGUUGAAUCCCAAUUCCGACCUGUACCAGAACUCAAACCCAUCUGUCGUCACUCUAAUGGGCAUGAUUGAUCCAUCUAUUCCUAUACUCCCUGGGUCUGCCGUCGCUGGUGGAGGCACUCCUGUCAAUUCGGCAAACACUGCUGCUACCACCUCAGACACCAGCAAAUCUAACGACGGUUCUCCCGGCUCCUCAGACUCUGAUAAUUCUCCAGUCCGUCCUUCUUCGGUCGGUAUCGCUGUAGGGGCUGUUGCCGGUGCCGCAGUCUACGGGGCUGCAAUGUUCCUAGUAGCCCGACGGUACAGAAAGAGAAAGGCCGGCCACCAAAGGGCGAGCAGCGUACAGUCGGGUCAAGUCAAUCGGCCUGGAGAACAAUCCAACCUGGUGGCUGCUGGCGCCCGAGGUAGCUACGGCACUAGGUUCGGUGGACGAACCUCUCGGAACAGCGACCGCAGCAAUUCAAGUCGGAGCGGUCGAACCUACAUCAGUCCACCCGUGAUGGCGGAAAACAGCCUGGGCUGGAACUGA